AUGUUGCAGCAUGCAUAUACUAUAUCAGGACUUCCGAAAUCCUUGCGGUCGCAUUUUCUGUUGGUUGAUUGCAGGUUAUAUUGUCGAAUUCUAAUGUUUUUAUUUCAACUCAAAUGCAGGUCCUAUCGCUUGUGCAUAUAUAAUGGAAAACGAAUACAAUUCAACUAGUUUGUCCAUACGAUGUAAAAUAGCUGUUAUUAUAGUAACGAUAUUCGUGUUAUUGGAAAUUACCACUGUGAGUCAUUGGGAAAAUAAAAACUUGAAAUACUCCCCGUGGAACCUAAACCACCAGUUUUGGAAGAGUGCUUACAUGGGCAUAAACCCGAUAAAUAUUUCCGACAUUGUUCUGUAUAACCAACGAACGGCGGGAUUACUUUCUGAAAAAGAUAAAGAUGAACUGAAAAUAAGGUUGGCAAAUGCAACAGACAAAAAGGUUAUUUUAGUAUGGAUCCCUGGUUUUGGGGUGAAGGGUGCAGUCAGUAUCGAUGCGGUGAAAUGCGGAAAUUGCGAAGUGACUUACGAUAGAGAUAAGCUUAAUGACGAAAGCACUGCCGCAGUUAUCAUGCAUUUCGACGCAAUAAGACCUGGAAAUGUUCCUACGACAAGAAAUCCGAAUCAUCUUUAUAUAUUUUGGGAUAUGGAAUCGACUGCGACACUUAAAGUAGUUCGAGGAGUAUCUCUUCAAUUCGAAGACUCUAUUCAAUUUAACGCUUCAUGGACACACAGACGAGAUUCAAGUUUCCAUGCACCGUAUGGAAAUUAUCACACGUUGACUCAAAUUUUGGAAAGCAAUAAACUUACACCUGAAGAGUUACUCAAAAAGAAAACGAAAACCGCCGUCGCCAUUGUAUCAAAUUGUGCCAUUACUCCGGGUGCUAAGACACGAAUUAGAUUAUUACAAGAACUUGAGAAAAUGGGAUUUAAUUUAGAAGGAUAUGGAGGUUGUUUUGGAAAUAAAAAUUUUCCCAACCACGGUGAUAAAAAUUAUCACGAUGCGGUUCAAAAAUACAAGUUUUAUUUUGCCUUUGAAAAUUCUUAUCACUGUAAAGACUACAUCACUGAAAAAUUUUUCAACAACGCCCUAAUGUCUAAUGCUGUUCCAGUUGUCUGGGGACCCAAGAGAAAAGAUUAUGAAGCUAUUGCUCCCCCCGGUUCUUUCAUUCAUGUGGACGAUUUUUCAUCUUUGAAAGAACUUGCGAAUUAUAUUAAAUAUCUUGACCGAAAUGAUACCGCAUAUUUAGAAUAUUUGAGAUGGCUGACCUUGAAACCAAGUGAUAUGCCACGAUACGGACUUGAAGGAGGAUGGUGCCACAUUUGUCGAGCAUUGCACGGGAUAAAUGUCGACGAUAUAUAUCAUCCAAAAUAUGAUCCGGCCAACCCUGAAAGGCCUUUGUUUACAAAAGGAUUAGCACCGCGAACGAUAAAACCAAGUCUCAGCGGAUGGUUCUAUGGAGAAGAAAAUCCAGAAUGUUUCAAUACGUAAAUGAAAUGAGUGAUUGAAAAUGGAUUGUUCGUCAUGUCAAUUGCUAUACGCUUACCUUUGUUACAUGAGAGCAACCCACACCCUGGUACACUAUUUAUUCAAGUGUCUACCAUCCAGCCGUUAGACGAGUAUUCUUAACAUCAACAUGCUAAACAAAACUAGUGAUUGAUUUUCACUCAAGAAAAUAUAUAUGAAGCUGUACUCGUCAAUUCAUCCACUGUGUUAUUCUUGCAUGGUGCCCACGUUAUUAUGGGCACAAAGAUCACUCGAGGCGUUAACAAAAAUAAUAUAUCUGGGCUACAGUGAAACUGCCAUUUUAUGUAGGUAUUCUUCUUGUGGCGUGAAUCACUCCUUUCCUAAAUAUUUAAACUAUCUUUUUGCAGUUGUUUUAGACUAAGUAGAAAAUAUAUAUUUAAAUUUUCUGCGAUUGUUUGAUUCUGUAAAAUGUGAAUCAGCAAUCUAUUAUUUCCAGAAAUUGAACAAUGAAACCUAGAUUGUCCUUGGGCGAGAUAUUCGACGCUGUAUUUUAUUUCUUCUGCUGUGUCGAUGACUGAAGCUUCCUGUACCAAAAGUUAGUAAAUGUAAUUCAAUGUAAUUUUGAUGGCCUCCCGAGCGAAAGACCUUGAAGACCUUGUCAUCGAUUGCACUGAUGGUAGCUACGAUCAUCAGAUUAGGGAUUAUUUUGUUGAUUUUUAUGAACGAUACACAAAAUUCCUAACGGUAAAACGAUUCCUAUUUAUUCUGGAGAUAGUUAUUUUGUAACUUGGUCAUGUUCUGCUAAACUGUGUAGCGACAAAGAAGUUCGCCAGUUUUACAAGUUCUCUGCGAUUAAAAUACGAGUGUCGCUCUGGCACCGAAAACCUAUAGCAAACCGGCUCCUACAUAUCCGCAUUUACGCUUAUCUAAUAUUUGGCCCUUCAAAAUUUACCAGGUAAUCUAUAUUUCAAUAGCCUGCUUCAACUGCACGCGUUCCUCGAUGUAUUAGCCAUGUUCCACUGAGAGAAGGUUGGAUAUGGCCAUUCAUGCUAGGAAAGGUCCACUUCAUAUGCGGAUAAAACUAAACGUUUCUGUUCAUGUGCUGAUUUUCAUGACUGAAUUUGAAGCCAUUCUAGGUGUCGUCGUCCAUCAGCAGUGAUUUUACAACUUGCUUUCUUCUAUUUCUGUUCGUACAUUUAUCGCAGUCGACUUGUGUAAAUAAAAUUCGGCAAGCUCAUAA